AUGCGGCUCUUCUCUGCUACCACGCUGGCGUUUCCGGGCUUCGAUGGCUGCUACCUGCCCAAGCAAGAAAGCCAAUUUGUUCACAAAGUCCUUGAUGAUCUGGACGCCUUUCACCAGAGAGCUGAUCAGAAGAGCGUCUUACUCUUUCCGCCUCUGCCCAGCCGGCUCAGGUUCCUAAUCCACAAGGCGGCGGAGAAGCUUCCGGAGUUGAGCACGUUCUCUGUGGGCGAGGGCUGGAGCCGCCGGGUCGCCGCCUGCUACUCAAGCUUUAGGUCGGCGGUGGGGGAGUGCGGCAGCGAUACGGACGCCAGCUCAUGCGACGGGUCGAGCACCAGCAGCAGAGAGAUGGAGGUCAAACCGCGCCCGCUUCCCAGCCGAGGGAACAGACGACCGGAUAAAGCCGUCUACGUUCCCCGCGCCCUCCGAAACACCCAGCGCCCCGAGUCCAGCCUCGACUCCUCCAGCUGCUCCCCGAGCCUGAGCGUCUCCGAGGAGUCGGACUCCACCGAACCGCCGCACGCCGACCACGCCCGGGGGGCAGACGGGCCAGACGGAUCGAUCGCAGAGCAGGAUGUGCUGACGGCGGGGGCGGAGCCUCCGGACUGGGAUCAGACUGUGACCUGUUUUAUGGGGAUGAGUUUGGAGGACGGUAGUAGCAAAUGUAACACACAGACUAAAUCACUCGGCCAGGACCAAGAGGAGACUGACGACUUCUACCACGAGAUCACGUCUCAUCUAAAGGAAGCCCCGGCGGUGAUAGACCACGCCCAGAACGAUUACUCCGACCUGGAGAACGUGUGGAUCGACCAUGACGAGUUCUCUCACGUCAUCGAGAUCUACGACUUCCCCUCCGUCUUUAAAACCGACGACCUGCUGGACGCUUUCGCCGACUACAGUGAUGGAGGGAUGAAGAUUAAGUGGGUGGAUAACACUCACGCCCUCGCCGUCUUCUCCAGCGCAUCAGCAGCGCUGCAGGCUUUGUCUAUCAAACAUCCACUGCUGAAGACCAGGACGCUCUCUCAGGGCAGCAAAAAGGCCAAGGGCAAAGCGGCAAGACGUGCAGAGUUCCUGCAGCCCGUCAGAGAGAGACCCCGCACCGAUACAGCAGUAGCACGCCGGAUGGUGACCAGAGCGCUGGGGCUGAGAUCUAAACGCUACUGAACACAGGUUCCUUCUGAUGAUGAUGAGAUGAUGAUGAGAUGAUGAUGAUGAAAUGAGAACAUUUCUACAGAACAACUCACGUUUUAUACAGUACACCAGUGUCGUCUUCUACAUGCUCAUUUCAACCAACUGUAGGACUGAAUCCUCCUCAUUAACUUCUGAGAACUUUAACUGGAAUAUUUAAUACUCUUACUGGUCCACCCAGCCUCACUCCACCUCCUGUAGACCAGGAUCUUCUGUAAUAAUGUUCCAGUUUUCUCACCGGCGCUGAGUAGCGAGUGCAAAACAAACUUGUCAUUUUAACACUUUGAUUUUAUUUUUUUAAUAUAUAUAUUAUAC